AUGCCGGUACGGUUGCCCGAGGAUAUCAAGACAGGGAAUGUAGCAGAAAACCUUUUCCAUUGCAACGAUAUCAGCACCCCAUAUCAUAUUCGCCAGACCAUCCGUACCUUGAAGAUGAAAGACUCGGCGGACGCCUCCACUUUCAUCGGGCAGCACGUCUUUCUUCGUGGAAGGCUCUUGGCCAUGGGUGUCUACGCCGAUGACGAAGCCGUCUUCUGUUUAUUCUUGGGACUGCCGGCGACGCUUGUGUGGCAACAAUUUAAGUCAGGACUCAUACAGCGCAUAUCAUGGGACCACGAUGCGUUCGUGAACACCACCAUCUCCACAUCUUCCUCGACGGAGCCGAACCCCCUCGCGCCACACACCUUUGAAAGCUGCGCGGCACGUAUUAUUUCCGAGGCAUCGCGUCUUGUCGACAUGCAAACUAUCGCGUCCUCCCGCCCAGAAACCGAGCAUGCACACGCAGAAAGAGCUGCAAGAGCGGUAUAG